GGGGAGUCUCCUCCUCUUUCACAGCUCCACGUCCGCUCAUCCACGCACAUGGUCCACAUCUCUUCACCAAGUACAGAUUUGAGACAGAAAGAAAACAACGAUGAAACUUGGCUGAAACUCCAGGUUUGAUGUGUACAGACUCUUGUGUAGUUGAUGGUCCAACGUCACAUUCUUGAUUUUUGUAGUACCCCUGCCUCUUGAGUUGAGUUCAUCAUGGGGGACGCCGACUCCACCAGCUCCAUGCGUCUAAAGCAGGAGAUCUCACUACUCCAUGGUGUCUGUCUCAUCGUGGGGAACAUGAUUGGCUCGGGCAUCUUUGUUUCUCCCAUUGGUGUUCUGGAGAAAACAGGAUCUUAUGGUCUGUCUCUGGUGGUUUGGGUUAUUGGAGGAAUCUUCUCUGUUUUUGGCGCCCUGUGCUACGCUGAGCUGGGCACAACCAUUCGCAAGUCGGGAGCUAGUUAUGCCUACAUCCUGGAGACCUUUGGGGGCUUCCUUGCAUUCAUCCGUCUGUGGACCUCACUGAUGAUCGUGGAACCGGCCUGCCAGGCGGUCAUUGCGCUUACUUUUGCUAAUUACCUUGUGAAACCGUUCUUCCCCACCUGCCCGGCACCAAAUCAUGCAGUACGGCUCAUAGCGGCUAUCAUUAUAGGUCUUCUCACCUUUGUGAACUGCAUGAAGGUAAAAUGGGGGGCCAUUCUUCAGGUCAUCUCUACUGUGGCUAAAGUUCUGGCUCUCAUAGUCAUUAUCAUUGCUGGAAUGAUUGUGCUGGCCCAAGGAAAAACGGACAACUUUAGGGAUUCGUUUGAGAACUCUAAACUGGAUCCAGGAAACAUGGCUCUGGCUCUGUAUGCCGCUCUGUACUCAUACUCAGGCUGGGACACCCUGAACUUCGUCACAGAGGAGAUUAAAAACCCAGAGAGGAACCUGCCAUUGUCUAUAGCGAUCUCCAUGCCUAUUGUCACAAUAAUCUACAUCCUGACUAAUAUCGCCUAUUAUGCAGUGCUGGACAUGAAUACACUGCUACAGAGUGAAGCUGUGGCUGUGACGUUUGCUGACUAUGUGCUGGGAUAUGCUAGCUGGCUCAUCCCGCUGUCUGUGGCCAUCUCCUGUUAUGGAGGUUUAAACUCCUCUAUCAUUGCCGCAUCCAGGCUAUUCUUUGUGGGUUCACGUGAGGGCCAUUUACCCAAUGUCCUCUGUAUGAUCCAUGUCAAACGCUACACGCCAAUUCCAGCCCUGCUGUUUAAUGGUGGCAUGUCACUCAUAUUUCUCUGCGUGAAAGACGUGUUCCAGCUUAUUAAUUACUUCAGUUUUAAUUACUGGCUGUUCAUCGGCCUUUCUAUAGGCAGUCAGAUCUACCUGCGCUUUAAAGCACCUGACCUGCCCCGUCCUGUUAAGUUGAGUCUGUUCUUCCCUAUAGUGUACUGCCUGUGCAGUGUGUUUCUGGUGGUUGUACCGCUCUACAGUGACACUAUAAACUCUCUGGUGGGAAUCAUCGUCGCUCUCUCCGGGGCUCCUGUGUAUUACAUAUGUGUGUACCUCCCGCCCAGCUCCAGACCCGCCUUUCUAGGACACAUGCUCGACACAAUUUCAUUGCAAACACAGAAGCUGUGUUAUUGCUGCGUGGCAGAACCCGGUUUGAACCUGGACGAUCCACCCGAGGAUCACAAAAAGGAAUAAACAAACAUCGGCUCUAAAGGAAGCUGAACCAAGGAAGCCGGAUUACCGAGACUUCUUUGAGAAUAAGCCAACACUCAAGCCAGAACCUCACGUCUGCACCUUCCAGUCUUGAGCAUGCAUGGAAUGGAGCAAUGGAUAGAGAUGAGAUUAUGAUUGAAAUAUUCAACCGAGUAAACAACUGAACACACAAGUACACACACCCUGUGCCUAUGAUCCCUCAGACCUGUGACUGUGUUUUGAACAUUAAGUUCAGUCCAGUGGACACAAUACAGUGGACCAUUCAGUUAAAGACUGUUGUGAAUGUGACAGUAAUGUUGUUUUAUUGAAAUCAGGUUUAUCUCCUUGUUUUAUUCAUAAAUGUUUAUUUUUUUGUCCUCCUGUGAGCUUCUGAUGUUCAUCACAACAGUCUUAUAUGAGGCUCUCUAGUAGGGAUGAUCAACUUUUGUUAGGCCUGUUAACUGAAACGUAGCGUCUCUAGAGAUGUGCAAGAUGCAUUUUUGCUGGAUAAUGAAUUUUGUUUACGGAGAUGAAGGAUUGUUCCAUAGGUACUCCAGACUUUAAAGCCAUAUCUUUUUUUUUCUUUUUUUUGCAGUUAUAACUCCAGUUGGGAAACUGACUUUUUUUUUUUUUAAAGUUACUCUGUGAGCCUUAUUUCAGCUUUAUAUAAAGAUUUAUUUUAUCUAGUGUGUCCUUAUAGUCCAAAGCACAGCAUGUGUUUUUAUUCUGGAUGCCCCAGGUUUUUGGGCAGUUUUUUGGGAGCACUGUCAGUAUGUGCAAAAAUGUUUGCCAUACAUAGACAGUAAAGAUAUUAAAAUAAAAACAGCAGAGUUUGAGUUUACGAGAGGGGAGACGGUGUCUUAACGUGUUUGCCAGUUUUGGUCAAUCCCAACUUCAGUCGUUUCCAAAUAAUUUUAUUUUGUAUGAUUGCUGACAUGCACAGACAUCACUUUAAAAACCGCCUGUCAGAUGUGACAUUUUUCCGGAUUUUUAGAGUACAUCAAUUCCUCAUCUGAUGGACUCAUUAAAAUAAUAGACCAAAGAAUUGGUAAAAUG